ACGAUGGGAUGGCAAGUGCUGUUGUUUGUCUCAGUGCUCUCUCUCAGUGCAGUGUGCGGGCAGGUCAGCUACUCUAUUCCCGAGGAAAUGUUAAAGGGGGCUCUAGUAGGCAAUAUAGCCCAGGAUUUAGGUUUGGGUGUGGAGAGAUUGAAGUCUGGCAAAGCCCGUAUUUACACCGGUAGCAGUGAAGAAUAUAUUGAACUGAAGAGAGAGAGAGGAGUGCUCCUUAUUAAAGAGAAAAUAGACAGAGAAUCGCUCUGCGGGCAAACAAUGCCCUGUGCGCUCCAUUUUCAAAUGAUCCUCGAAAACCCAAUGGAGUUUUACACGGUGACCGUCGAAAUUACCGAUAUAAACGACAACCCUCCUACAUUUGAGAGAGGAGAAAUGAAAUAUGAAAUUCCCGAAUCAGCUCUUACAGGGGCACGAUUUGUUUUAGAGAAAGCAAUAGAUGAUGAUGUUGGUGUCAACGGGUUGAGCAGCUACGCCCUAAAACCCAGCGAUAAUUUCGCUCUGAAAACCAUCAUUCGCGGUGAUGGGACUAAACACGUCGAGAUGGUUUUGCAGAAACCUUUAGACAGGGAAAAACAUGAGCAUAUAUCAUUAAUUCUGACGGCUGUGGAUGGUGGUGAACCACAGCUCUCGGGGACCAUGCAGAUUCUCAUAACAGUGUUAGACGUUAAUGAUAAUCCUCCCGUUUGUUCAAAAGCAGAAUACAAAGCGAGUGUGACAGAGAACGCUCCUAUCGGCACUGUAAUAACUACAGUAAUGGCUACUGAUGUGGAUAAAGGCAAUAACGGGAAAGUAACAUACACAAUUUCAAAAUCUGGAGCGGCGAGUCUAUUUAAAAUCGGUCCAGAUAGCGGAGUACUGACCUUAGAUGGAAAUGUAGAUUACGAAAAAAGGCGACGUUACGAGCUAGAUGUGCAGGUGUCAGAUCAGGGGGGAUUAUCCGAUGCGUGUAAAGUGAUUGUGGACGUGACAGAUACAAAUGAUAACCCUCCAACCAUUAACAUCAUGUCUAAGUCAAACACAGUAUCUGAAAACAAAACACCAGGGACAGUCGUGACCAUGCUGAACAUACAAGAUCCAGACGCGAAUGAAAACGGCAAGGUCAUGUGUGUUUUAAACGAAAAUAUUCCCUUUGCCAUUAAAUCAACAACAAAUAAUUUCUUUACCGUCGUCACAGACAGUGAAUUAGACCGAGAGAGAUCCUCCGAGUAUAAUAUCACAGUGACCUGCUCCGAUGAGGGCGUGCCCUCCCUCUCCAGCCGCGUCACUCUCACCUUACAGAUCUCUGACGUGAAUGACAACGCACCUGUCUUUGAGAGGAGCUCAUAUGAGGCCAACAUUGUAGAAAACAACACACCAGGUCUCUCUGUAUUCACAGUGAAAGCCAGAGACGCUGACUGGAACCAGAAUGCCCGUGUUUCUUACAUACUGGAGGACUCCUCUGUUAACGGAGUGCCAGUCUCCUCGUAUGUGUCCGUUAGUGCUGAUAGUGGAGUCCUCCAUGCAGUGCGCUCUUUUGACUACGAGCAGAUCAAAGAUUUUCACUUCCAAGUCAAAGCUCAGGAUGGAGGCUCUCCUCCACUCAGUAGCAACGUGACUGUGAAAAUACUGAUCCAGGACCAGAACGACAACCCCCCUCAGGUUCUGUACCCAGUCCAGACUGGUGGCUCUCUGGUGGCUGAACUGGUGCCUCACUCAGCAGAUGUGGGUUAUCUGGUCACUAAAGUGGUGGCUGUUGAUGUGGACUCUGGACAGAAUGCCUGGCUCUCCUAUAAACUGCAGAAAGCCACAGACAGGGCGCUGUUUGAAGUGGGCUCACAGAAUGGAGAAAUAAGAACUAUCCGCCAAGUCACUGAUAAAGACGCAGUGAAACAAAGACUGAGUGUUAUAGUGGAGGACAACGGGCAGCCCUCUCGUACAGCUACAGUCGUUGUUAACGUGGCGGUGGCGGACAGCUUCCCGGAAGUGCUGUCGGAGUUCACUGACUUUACGCACGACAAGGAGUACAACGACAACCUGACUUUUUACUUAGUGUUGGCUCUGGCUGUAGUUUCCUUCCUCUUCAUCACGUGUGUAGUGGUUAAUAUCUCAGUGAAAAUCUACAGGUGGAGACAGUCUCGCGUCCUGUAUCACUCCAACCUCCCUGUGAUUCCAUAUUAUCCACCACGUUACUCAGACACUUUGGGGACAGGGACUCUCCAACACGUGUACAAUUACGAGGUGUGCAGGACGACUGACUCCAGAAAGAGUGACUGUAAGUUCGGAGGAGCUGGUAGUCAGAACGUGCUGAUAAUGGACCCCAGUUCUACAGGGACGAUGCAGCGGAUACAGAGUGAAAAGAGCAUCCUGGAUGAACCAGACUCUCCUCUAGAGGUUAGACUCUUUUAA